AUGCCAAAUUUCAUGCCCUCCGAGCCCAUCGCAGUUGUUGGUAGCGGAUGUCGCUUUCCAGGUGGAGCGAAUGGAGCUUCAAAGCUCUGGGAGUUACUUGUCGAACCCAAAGAUCUACUACAGGAAGUUCCCAAAGAGCGCUUUGAUAGCGAGAACUUCUAUCACCCCAACGGAUCACAUCAUGGGAGCAGCAGUACUCAAAGCUCCUACUUCUUGUCCGAAGAUAUUACCAAGUUUGAUGCUCGGUUCUUUGGUAUCAAGGCCAUCGAAGCAGAUGCCAUGGAUCCGCAGCAACGCCUCCUCCUCGAAACUGUGUAUGAGUCCAUGGAACAUGCAGGCAUCUCCAUCAGCCAGCUGCGCGGUUCUAACACGGCUGUCUAUGUUGGACUGAUGUGCGGUGACUACGAAACGCUACUUUUGCGUGACCUGGAUCAAAUUCCGCAAUAUCACGCUACAGGCAUUGCCCGCAGUCUGAUCUCCAACCGGAUCUCGUACUUUUUCGACUGGCACGGACCAUCUAUGACCAUCGACACGGCCUGCUCGUCAAGUCUUGUUGCUGUUCAUCAGGCGGUGCAGGUAUUGCGAAGCGGUUCUUCUCGCGUGGCCGUUGCGGCAGGUUCAAACUUGAUUUUGGGCCCGGAGAAUUAUAUCAGCGAGAGCAACCUGAACAUGCUAUCACCCGAUGGACGAUCCCGGAUGUGGGAUGCAAAAGCCAAUGGAUACGCGCGUGGAGAAGGUAUCGCAUCUGUUGUAUUGAAGACGCUCAGCGCGGCGUUGGAGGAUGGCGACGAGAUCGAAUGCAUCAUUCGCGAAACGGGCGUCAACCAGGAUGGCCAGACCAAUGGUAUCACUCUGCCCAGUGCCAUGGCGCAGGUCGACCUGAUUCGCAAUACCUAUGAAAGGGCUGGGCUGGAUCCUUUGGACCCCGCUGGCCGCUGUCAAUUCUUCGAAGCUCAUGGCACUGGAACUCCGGCUGGUGAUCCCCUUGAGGCUCGGGCGAUCAGUACCGCUUUCUUCCCAAAGGCACAACCGGGAGAUAUCCAACAAGAACUUCUUGUCGGAUCCAUCAAAACAGUAAUCGGUCACACCGAAGGCACAGCGGGACUUGCUGGGUUGUUGAAGGCGUCCUUAGCUGUCCAGCACGGCAUUGUUCCUGCGAAUUUGCUCUUUGAUGAACUCAGCGCCACUGUGGCACCGUUCUAUAGUAAUCUGCGCAUUCCAUCCCAGGGAACUCCUUGGCCUACCCUGGCAAAGAAUGUUCCUCGCCGAGCUAGUGUCAACAGUUUCGGUUUUGGCGGUACUAAUGCCCAUGCAAUCAUCGAAAAUUAUGUACCGGCCCAUUCACUCCAGAAAACUGACCCCGGCUCCGUUGUUAUUCCAUUUGUUUUCUCUGGCAGUUCCGAAGCUUCCGUCAUGACUCUUUUGGAUUCGUACGCAUCGUUUCUUCAGGAUAAUCCAACCCUCAACCCGCAAGACUUGUCCUGGUCUCUCCACGCACGAAGAACGAAGCUUCCAUUCAAGACUGCGAUUUCAGCCAGAGAUACCGACAGUCUGCAAAGGGGGCUCCAAGAAAAAAUCAAGGCUAGUCGUGUAAACUCGGAAGCGACAGUCAGCGUUCGCACUGCCGGCUUAUCCUCUGAUGGACGGCGUAUUUUGGGAGUAUUCACAGGCCAGGGCGCCCAAUGGUCCGGCAUGGGAAAACAUCUCAUUGAACUGUCAAGCUUCUGCCGAGACUUCAUUUCCACACUCGAGCAAAGUCUGAAUGAUCUUCCUGAAUUUGAACGGCCUAGUUGGUCGCUGGUUGGCGAAAUGUUGGCCCCUGACGAAACUAGCCGAGUCCGCGAGGCAUUUAUCUCACAACCAUUGUGCACAGCAGUGCAGUUACUCUUGGUGGAACUGCUUCGCAGCGCUGGCAUUCGGUUCACUGCUGUUGUCGGACACUCAUCUGGUGAGAUCACCGCAGCCUAUGCUGCAGGAUUCAUCUCAGCCACAGACGCCAUUCGAAUUGCCUAUUUCCGUGGACUUCAUGCAUCCAAUGCACAAGGCGCGAACGGAGAAAGAGGUGCCAUGCUUGCUGUCGGUACUUCGAUGGAAGAUGCUCAGGAGCUCUGUGACCUCCCAGACUUCCAAGGCCGGAUCAAGGUCGCGGCUUGCAACUCUUCCUCUAGUGUCACACUCUCUGGUGACGAAGAGACGGUGAACCAGGUGCAAGCAGUGCUAGAAGACGAGCAGAAAUUUGUCCGACGGUUGGUAGUGGACAAGGCUUAUCACUCGCACCAUAUGGAGUCUUGUUCGGCAGCGUAUCUUGAAUCUAUUGAGCGCUGCAAGAUCACUGUUCACGAUCAGGUGGAUGGGUCUUGUUGUUCAUGGUAUUCCAGUGUGUAUUCCGGUCAAAGGAUGCAGCCCAGCGCUGAGCUGGGAACCCGUUACUGGGUUGAGAAUAUGGUGCGACCCGUUCUAUUUUCGCAAGCCAUCGAAUCCGCCAUCUCAGCCACAGAAAGAUUCGACAUCGCAGUGGAGGUUGGACCUCAUCCUGCUCUGAAGGGACCUGCAUCUCAGACCCUUGUAGAGUCUGGGCUGCAAGUUCCCUACACCGGGACACUGCGCCGUGGACAAAACGACAUCGAGGCCAUGGCAGAUGCUCUUGGUCAAUUGUGGAUCUCUGUCCCCGAGGUUUUAGAACUACAAUCUUACGAAAUCCGCUUACGAGGCGAGUUUACCCACCGGCUCGUCAAAGGGCUGCCAAGUUACCCUUGGAUGCAUGAUCGCUCUUACUGGCAUGAGUCCCGGAUCUCCAGGGCGCUCCGAACACGGAAGCGGGCCGAACACGAACUACUUGGCCGCCAGAGUGUUCAUGGAACCACCCGCCAACUCCAAUGGCGCAAUAUACUGCGAGCCGUGGACAUUCCGUGGAUCAGUGAACAUCGCCUUCAGGGUCAAUCUGUCUUCCCUGCGGCUGGAUACAUUGUCCUUGCAAUUGAGGCGGCUCGAACCAUCACCGAGGGGAAUCCCAUCCAGUUGAUCGAAGUGCAAGAUUUCAUAAUUCGGCAAGCGUUGACCUUUGCCACUGAUACCACCGAAGUCGAGACUGUGUUCUCCUUGGUCGAUGUUCAACGAAAUGAACAUCAAAUCGAUGCCUCAUGGGAAUAUCACGCCGCCUGGGGUAAUGAUCGCGAGGACUUGGUGCUGUUGGCUCAAGGCAGAGUCACUGCGACCCUGGGAGAGAGUCAAGGUGCAAUCCUUCCGCAAAAGCCAGGUGAUGUUCCCAAUCUUAACUCUCUCGAUUCGGACCGUUUCUAUUCCACUAUGGCAGAUAUUGGAUAUGGAUACUCUGGACCUUUCCGAGCUCUCUCCUCACUGCGACGCUGUUUAGGAGCUGCUCGUGGACAUGUAGCAAACGCCCAGACCGGGGAGUUCAAGGGCCCGUACUUGGUUCAUCCUGCCUCCCUUGACGCUGCAUUCCAAUCUAUCAUCUUGUCUUUCUGUCUCCCCGAUGAUGGCCGUCUUUGGUCCCUUCAUGUGCCCCUCCGCAUGAAAAGAUUGCGCAUUGAUCCGCUUCUGUUCACUACCCAAUCGCCGAAUAAUCCACAAAUGGAGUUCGCAUCGGGUCUCACCGAUAAUGAGGAUUCCACAAUCAUCGGUGAUGUUGAUCUCUCAUUUCCUGGAACUGAAGAUGUUGCACUCCAGGUCGAAGGACUGCAGUGUGUGCCAUUUUCCCCCGUCACCCCAGCAGACGAUACUCCGAUGUUUACUACCGUCGAGUGGGUAGAGGCGGAUCCUAAUGCAGAAAUUGUUACUUUUGAUGGACAGCCUAGGGAGAAGGAACUGGAAAUCGCGACGAUUUCGGAGCGGCUGUCGCUCUACUAUAUCCGCCUCUGGAAUGAAGAAAUCCCCGUCAGUCACCCCGCUCGAACGGAGGGUCCAUAUAAGGGCAUGUUCAAUUUUGGAAACACUGUUUUGUCUCGUGUCCGUGCAGGAGAGCAUCCUUACGCAAAGAAGGAGUGGCUGGAUGACACACCGGAGGUCAUCUCCAAAUUCAGUGCAAAAUAUCCGGACAGUCUGGAUCUACAGAUGAUUCAUGCUACCGGGCAAAACUUUGCCGCAGCGAUUCGCGGUGAAACCACAAUCCUCAAUCACUUGAAGAAGGACAAUUUAUUGGAUCGAUAUUAUGAGGAGGGGCUUGCCUUUCCGACUUAUACCAAGUACCUCGCUCGAGUCGUAUCUCAAGUAGCUCAUGCGUAUCCACACUUGAACAUCCUUGAAAUUGGUGCCGGUACUGGCGGUGCAACCAAGGGCAUCCUAAAGCAGAUUGCUGGCAAGUUCGAUUCAUAUACCUUCACCGACAUUUCCUCUGGAUUCUUCGAUACAGCUAAAGAACGAUUCACUGGUCAUGCGGAUAAAAUGGUGUUCAAGGUUCUGGAUAUUGAAAAUGACCCAAUUCAGCAGGGAUAUAAGGCACAAACCUAUGACUUGGUUAUUGCGUCCUUUGUCCUGCAUGCGACAGUCAAUCUCGAAAAGACAAUGAACAAUGCUCGUCGUCUGUUGAAGCCGGGUGGAUAUCUGCUGCUUCUUGAAAUGACCAACAACGACCCCAUCCGUACGGGUGCCAUUUUUGGUACUCUUCCUGGUUGGUGGCUUGGGAUGGACGACGGCCGUGUUCUGUCUCCUUGCAUUACAGCCGCUGAAUGGGAUUCGCUGCUGUGGCAAACUGGAUUUGCUGGAAUUGACACUUUAACUCCCGAUCUUGAUCCUCUCCCAUUCCCUUGUUCAUUGAUUGCCGCCCAGGCCGUCGACGAUCGGGUGAGCUUCCUUCGUCAACCACUGGCCACGCCAGCCGCCCUGCUCCCAGCUGGUUUCCCAAUCCCAGAGCUUGUUAUCCUCGGUGGUCAAUCGACCAAGGCAUCUCGUCUUGUAGGCGAGCUUCGGAUGCUACUACGUCACUACUGUGACAAAGUGACAUGGGUCAAGGAUGUCUCGAAAAUCGACAAUAACUCUAUCUCGCCUUCUAGCGUCGUCCUUUCUCUGGCCGACUUUGACAGCCCUGUAUUUAAAUCACUCACACCAGAAGCCUUCGAAGGCCUAAAGACGCUGUUCGGCGAGGCUGGCAGGGUGCUAUGGAUUACCCACAAUUCACGACUUGAGCCGUGGACGAAUAUGCUUGUUGGGUUUGGACGGACCCAGCUCUGCGAGAAUCCGCGGCUGACGCUGCAGUUGAUUGAUUUCCCCACUCUGAACGAAUGCAGUAGUCAACUUCUUGUCGAGAAUCUUCUUCGCUUUGCUGUCACCAGUCUUUGGUCUGAGACGGAAAGCAACACUGAUGUCUUCUGGCCCUUGGAACCUGAAUUGGUCUUUGAGAGUGGAAAGAAACUAGUACCACGCAUGCUUUUGGAUCAGAGCCGCAAUGACCGGUACAAUGCAUCCAGAAGAAGGAUACACAAUAUCGUUGACUUGCGCAAACAGUCAGUUUUCAUUGGGAAAUCAGGAAUUGACUCGUCGAACGUUCUUCGAGAAGCACAUCUGCCCACUGUCCAGGGUGCAACAGAGGGAAUAACAGUCAACGUUACGCAUUCAACAUUACGUCCCUUCAGGAUUAACUACACGGCGUACUACAUUGUACUGGGCAGCGUUUCUGGCACUUCUCGCUCGGUUGUGGGAUUGGCAACAGUCAAUGGCUCCACCUCAAGAGUUGACGAGGGUCUUUAUCUACCUUGCGAUGUCCCUACAGGAAAGGAAAGCACUCUGCUCUCAGCUUUGGAAAGCCACCUGAUCGCUACAAGUAUCUUGUCAAGCCAAGAGCCAGGGGAAAACCUUGUAGUGCAUGAACCAACCCCGAUGCUAGCAGCAGUGCUCUCUCGCUACGCAGCCGCUGGCGGAAAGUCGGUGAUUUGCACAUCAAGGACUCGCCAGGAAGACCCAACCAUCCGGUUCAUUCACGCUCUCUUGUCUACUCGCGAAAUCAUGGAGCGCCUUCCAAAGGGCCGUUCGCUUUUAAUCGACUUGACAGAAACAUCAUCAGUAUUCCCUUCCAUUCCACAGAAUUACCGACACGAGGACCUACGCUCGAUUCUCCAGAAGGGCAUUCUUUUGCCAAACCCAAUACUAAGACAGGUGGCCAACAUAUCCGACAUACUGUCUGCUGCCAUAAAGGAAUUUAAAGACGGAGCAUACACUACAGAGGGACUGGAGGUCAUUUCCCCUGCUGAUGUGCCAUCGCGCAAUCCCAACCACCUUGCAGCGGUUAUUGACUGGACUUGCACAAAUAUUGUCCCAGUGAAUGUUGAUCCUAUAGAUACCCUCAUACAGUUUGAUACCGACAAGACCUAUUGGCUUUGUGGUCUUUCUGGAUCUCUCGGUGUCUCUCUGUGCCAGUGGAUGAUUCGCCACGGCGCAAAGUAUAUUGUCCUGUCGAGCAGACGGCCCCAGAUCAGCGAUAAUUGGCUUCAGAGUACGAAGGAACUGGGAGCAACAGUCAAAGUGAUUCCCUGUGAUGUUACGAGCCGGAUCGACGUUGAAGGAGUUUACAAUACUAUCAAGAACAGCCUCCCUCCAAUUGCUGGCGUCACUCAGGGAGCCAUGGUUUUGGAAGAUACCACAACGAGUGAGAUGUCCUUUGAAGUAUUCAUGAAGGUCGUUCGACCAAAAGUGGAGGGCGCGAUUAACCUCCAGGCUGUGCUCUCAAACGUGAAUCUCGAUUUCUUUGUCUUCUUCUCUUCGACGACUGGAGUCAUUGGGAACUUUGGUCAAUCCAACUAUACCGCCGCAAACGAAUUCCUGGCUAGUCUGGCCGCUCAGCGCCAAGCAGCCGGUCUGGCCGCCUCCGUUAUUAAUAUUGGCCCAGUUCUGGGCGUAGGCUACGUUGCCCGGGAGGCAAGUCAAGCCGUACAGGAUGAUCUUCGUCGCAGUGGCUUCAUGUUUGUGUCGGAGAGAGAUGUCCAUCAACAAUUUGCGGAGGGCGUUUUGUCUGGCCGCGCGGACUCGGGACAAUGCAUCGAGAUUACCACAGGCCUUCGGCCGGUCAAUGGAGAAGUGACUCAUAAGCCUACUUGGUUUGAUAAUCCCAAGUUCGGUCACCUGGUGAUCCGAGAGUCCUCAUCAACCCUGGCCACGGAUGGUGCCAAGUCCGAAUUGUCUGUCAAGGGACGCCUGGCAAAAGCUAGCGGAACUGAAGAGGCGCGUUCCAUUAUUCUGGAGAGCUUGGUCCAGAAACUCGAGACGUUGCUACAGCUGGAAGUGACCGAGUCUGGGGGGGUUGAAGCAGUUGCUUCACUGCGGACCGAUGAAAUCGGUGUUGAUUCUCUCGUUGCAGUCGAAAUUCGCUCAUGGCUGCUAAAGAACCUCCAAGUCAAUGUUCCAGUUUUACAGAUUCUCAGUGGAAUCGCCAUUGGAGAUAUCGUGAACCAUACACUUCAAGAGCUCCCCGUGGAGUUGAUCCCUAACAUGAUGAACUCCUCCUCAACAGAAAGUACGCCCGGCGAGACUUCUGAUGGACAAAGUGAUUCCACGCCAGACUCCACUCCCGCGCCUGAGACUGCGUCUGAACGUGCCGAAUCCUCGUCCGGUGCUUCCGCUACAACAUCUCCCGAGCCAGAACCGGCAGCAACAAUGAUCAGGAAGCCUAAAAUUGUACGCGAAGAGCCUCUUUCCUUUUCUCAAUCCAUGUUUUGGUUCGUCAAAAAUUAUAUCCAUGAUCCCACCACUUUGAACCACACCGGUGUCUUUCAUCUGAGCGGCGACUUACGAGUUCAUGAUGUAGAACGGGCAGUCGCGAUCGUUACCCAGCGCCACGAAUCUUUGAGGUCCUGCUUUUACACAAAUUCGAGCCAGGAUAUCGUCCAGGGAAUUAUGGAGACCUCGGUCAUUGGGCUGGAGAAGAAGAGCAUUAAUCAGGUUUCCGACCUGUGGGAGGAGGUUGAACGCGUGAAGGCCCACAUCUAUCGACUUGAGGACGGCGAAACCCUACGUGUCCUGUUACUUUUCAAUCCCUUCACCAGGGAGAAAUACUUGAUAAUUGGAUGUCAUCAUAUCAGUUUUGAUGGUGUCAGCCAGCAAGUUUUCAUGUGUGAUUUAGAGAAAGCAUACAAUGGUCAAAAUUUGGGACCAGAGCCUCUUCAAUUCCCAAACUAUGCAAAGAGUCAACUGCAGGACCAAAGUUCCAACAAAUGGUCAGCCCAGCUCGCGUUCUGGAAGCAGAUAUUCCCGGAGAUCCCCCCGGCUCUGCCAUUACUUCCCCUGACCGAGAUCACAACGAGACCGCCGAUAGAAAAUUACGACGUCCAUGCGGUCUCGGUACGUCUCGACCUCUCCUUCUGUAAAACGAUGCAAUCCGUGUGCCGCAAAUAUAGUUCGACACCAUUCCAUUUCUACAUGGCUACAUUCACGGCUCUUCUCCAUCGCUACGCGGGAUUGGACACAAUUUGUAUUGGAAUUGCAGAUGCAAACAGAAAUGAUCCUGGCGCAAUGGAGAGCAUCGGCCCAUUCCUCAAUUUGCUUCCAUUGAUUUUCCACCCCAGUGCUCAGCAGAAAUUCUAUGAGCUAUUAAGAGACACACGCAGCAAAGCAUACCUGGCAUUAGCGAACGGAGCUGUGCCAUUCGAGAUCGUGCUUCAAGAACUUGGUGUUCUGAGAGAUGUAACUUACAGCCCACUAUUCCAAGCCUUCGUUGACUAUCGCCAGGGGGCUCGUGAAAAACAGGCCUUCGGCAAUUGUCAGAUGGACUUGUUGCGCUUUGAACCCGGAAAAGCUGCAUAUGACAUAAGCUUGGAUAUAAUUGACAAUCCCGGUGGUGACUGCCUUCUAACUUUCUACAUCCGAAAGAAUCUGUACAGCCGUCACGCGGCUGAGGUCUUGACCAACAGCUACGUCGAGAUUCUUACGGCCUUUGCCAGCCAACCAGAUGCGACUUUGAGCCAGCCCAAGCUCUUCAAAAAGGUGGACAUUGAAAGAGCCAUUGAAAUUGGAACUGGCCCGAUUAUCCCUACUAAUUGGAGUUCGACCCUGCCCCAUCGUGUAUGGGAGAUUGUUGGGGAAUAUCCGGAGGAUCUUUCCAUGAAGGAUGGCGGAGGCACAGUUCUCACAUAUGGCGACAUGGGACAACGCGUGAUAUCGAUCGUUGCUGUACUUCUGGGUGCGGGAAUUGGUAAAGGACAGCUGGUCUCUGUAUAUCACGAGCCCACUGUUGAUGCUGUGUGCUGCUUACUCGCUGUGCUACAUGUCGGAGCGAUUUAUGUUCCCCUCGAUCGCAGCAUCCACACGUCUCGACUGGCUGCCAUGGUCUCCAACCUCGAUCUGAAAGCGAUUGUGGUAGACGAGGAAUCCAUCACGGAUAUCUCCAGUUUCAAUACACAUGAUGUACUGGUUAUCGACACAUCGCAGAUUACUUCAACCAACAAUACCUGGUUUCCAAUUGCUGCAUCUCCCGAUUGCGUGGCGGCGAUUCUUCAUACGAGUGGUUCCACAGGAGUCCCCAAAGGGAUCAUGCUUACGCAUCAAAAUCUUGUGAACGAAGUCGAGUGCUCAUCACAGGUGUAUGGAUUUGAACGAGAAACUGUGUUACUACAGAGCUCACUGGGCUUUGACAUGUCGUUGACACAAGUUUUCACCGCCGUUGCCUACGGGGGUACUUUGGUUAUAGCACCACGCCGGUACCGAGGUGACGCAGUCGGUUUAACCCAGCUCGUCAUCGAUGAGGAUAUUUCUUUCACUGGUGCCACACCCUCUGAAUAUUUGAGCUGGCUCAGCCACGGAGACAUCUCUUGCUUGCGAGCUUCCAAGUGGAAGAUCGCCCUCGCGGGCGGAGAACAAAUUACGGAAUCUCUGUUGAAGCGCUUUGGUGCCCUGAAUCGACCAGACCUACGAUUAUUUAAUGCCUAUGGGCCAACGGAAAUCACUUGUUCCUCCAACAAGAUGCACGUAUCGUAUUCACCACGCGAUAUCAUGGAUCUGAGUGGAAAUCGAAUUGCGGCUGGUCAACCUAAGCCGAACUCUGCAGUCUACAUUCUUGACGAUGAUCUUCAGCCGCUUCCCUUGGGGAUGUCAGGGCAGAUUGCAGUCAGCGGAGCUGGUGUCUCAGCUGGAUACAUCAACGACGACAACUUGACAAGGGAAAAGUUUGUAGUCGAUUCAAUCAAUUCAGACGGCAACUCCUCAAGUCGCAUGUAUCUCACUGGUGAUGUCGGAAGAUGGCGAGAGGACGGAACUCUGGUUGUUGAAGGCCGAAUUGCUGGGGAUACCCAAAUCAAACUACGUGGUCUGCGGAUUGAUCUCCAAGAUGUCGAACGAGCAAUUCUGGAUGUCUCAAGCGGGGUUUUGACAAAUGCGGCCGUUUCUUUGCGCAGAGCCAAUGACUCCGAGGUGGACUUCCUGGUUGCCUAUGUCGUGUUCUCAAAUGCAUUCGCAGACGAGAAACGUCACGAAUACUUGAGUAAGGUUCCAUCAAUGCUUCCACUGCCCCAAUAUAUGUGGCCCGCAGCGGUCAUUGCCAUGGACAAGCUACCCAUGAAUUCGUCGAUGAAGAUGGACAGGAGACAUCUCAGUACUCUCCCCUUGUCCGCUAGUCACUGCCCUCAGCGACCAACGAGCCAGGUGGAGCUUACUGCAACAGAGCAGAAGCUGCAGCAGACCUGGAAAAAGGUGAUACCGAGAGAUAUUGCUCCACAGAGUAUCUCCAGUGACACAGAUUUCUUCCUCGUUGGAGGCUCUUCCCUAUUGCUAUUGCAUCUGCAGGCAAGAAUUCGGGAUGAUUUCGGGACUACUUUGCCUUUGAUUCAACUGUUCCAAGCUAGCACAUUGCGCCUCAUGGCUGCAAAAAUGGAAUUCAAUCCCUCUCCCAAAGUACCGGAGCACAUCGACUGGGAGCAUGAAUCUGACCCAAAUCCAGAUAUCCAGGUUGAAGCCUCUUCUGCGGCUUGUUCAGUGACAUAUCCAGCUAGAGUAGUGGUGCUAACCGGCGCCACUGGCUAUGUUGGAACCGGCUUGCUGCAGGCCUUGCAAAAUGACAUUAGCAUUACCACCAUCUAUUGCAUCGCUGUCAGAGGCGGCAAAGACCGAGAUCUGCCCAGGGGCUCGAGCAAGGUCGUCAUUUUCAAUGGAGAUCUCACCCAGCCUAAGUUGGGACUCUCCGAAGCGGAUGCUGAUAAGAUUUUUAACACAGCAGACGCGAUCAUACACAAUGGGGCCGAUGUUUCUCAUCUCAAGUCCUACCGCAGUCUCAAAGCUGCGAAUUUUGAGGCUACUUCAAAGCUCAUCCAAUUGGCCUUGAGCCGCCACAUACCCUUCCACUUCGUCUCCACUGCAGGCGUGACCUUUUUUUCCCAGCGAGCCGUCUUCGGAGAGGAGUCCGUGUCAUCUUACCUGCCGCCUGCAGAUGGGCUGGACGGGUACACUUCUUCCAAAUGGGCGAGUGAACGAUAUCUUGAGAAGAUUCAUGAUCGGUUCGGGCUCCCCAUUACCAUUUAUCGGCCAAGCAGCAUCUCUCAUGAGGAUGCCACGGAAACUCUCGAGCUGAUGCCGAACCUUCUCCGCCUCUCCCGAAUGUUGCAGGCAGUGCCGGUCUCACCUCAACUCCGCGGUAGCUUGAACAUCGUUGCACUAGACACAGUCGUUGACGGGAUCAUGAAUGAACUUCACUUGUCCCCAUCUGCUUCGAAACCGCAACUGAAGUAUACAAAUCUAAUUGGGGGUUCUGAUAUUCCGUUCUCGGAAUUAAAGGAAUACAUUGAGAGGGAGACUGGAGUUGAGGCCCAGGUUCUCCCCCUGCCGAAUGGGCUAAGAGAGCAGAGAAUUUGGGUCUUCCAGCUGUGGUCGGAGCGUUUUUUACAAAUCUUGAGAAUAGCGACCCUGUCGUUUUCCCUCGGCUUACACAUGGGCUCUGACUUAUGCAUGUAUCUAAUUGAGGAAUCAAUCUCGGGAGGAAUAUUUGGUAUGAGGGGGUUUGGUCGACGUGUUUAG